CAACGGCAGCUGUGACUGAGGAAGCGAAAGCCAGGGCAGACAAGUAUGCAGGAGUCCGGUGCAUAUGGGGCCUCGUUGGCAGGAGGUUCCUUUGACUUAUUGGGUUUUGUCAAACAACCGCAAACUGUUGUUCGCCUGUUGAGUUGGCUGUGUGCCAUUGUGGUGUUUGCCACUAUCACAGCAGAGGGCUAUCCGAAUACAGCAGUACAAUCGGAGGAACAUUGCAUGUACAACGGGAAUGACAGUGCCUGCAGCUACGCAGUGGGUAUUGGUGUGCUGGCCUUUCUCGCCUGUGUGGCCUUCCUAGUGCUGGACGUCUAUUUGCAUCAGACGAGCAAUGCCAAGGAGAGGAAGAUGAUUGUCAUGGCUGAUCUAGUCUUCUCUGGUGCGUGGACGUUCUUGUGGUUUGUGUGUUUCUGUCUGUUGGCCAAUCAGUGGUCUAAAACAGCAGACACAGCGCACGUCGCUGCUGAUGCGGCCCGAGCUGGCAUCGCCUUCUCCUUCUUCUCCAUUGCUUGCUGGGCUGUGUUGGCCUACUUCUCACUGCAGCGCUACCAGCAGGGCGUGAGCGAGCUGGCCUCCAGCUACACUGACCCUGCCCAAGACCACAGCACCCCAUACCCACCCCAGGGCUACCAGCAGUCGCCCUUCGGCCAAAAUCAGAUGCCGGGAGGAACAGAUUACACCCCGCCAAAUUACUGAGGCGAGAGCCGGCUGGUCAAGUGACUUGGCGGCUGGGCGGGGAGUGGUCUCAAAUGAAGAGCAGCUGAGAUGAGCGACGGCGACUGAUGGUCGCACUCCACUGCUGGCACCGCCUCCUUGCACUGCUUCAAGCCCCGGCCAAAACGCUGCACAGUGUGUGUGUGUGUGUGUGUGUGUGUGUGUGUGUGUGUGUGUGUGUGUGUGUGUGUGUGUGUGUGUGUGUGUGUGUGUGUGUGUGUGUGUGUGUGUGUGUGUGUGUGUGUGUGUGUGUGUGUGUGUGUGUGUGUGUGAUUGGGUGUGCUUAUAUGUCGGUGUGCUCACUUUCCUCCGAGGGUAAAUGUGCGCUUUGUUUUCCUUCAUCGCCUUUAUUUAUACACUUGUAUGCCCUGCAAACGGCAAGCCACCAAUGUCUGCAUGUGUUGUGAGAGAAGACGAACGGUUUGUGCUGCUUUUUCUGUCGGGCGUUAGUAGACAACAGAGUGUGGGGUGUGGACACUACUACUGACAAGCCAAAUUUGCCUCUUAUCUCACUGCCACCUUUGAUUGCAAGGUAAUCAGAUUUGCUAUACAGAAUAACAAAAAGUAACUUAUGAUUAAAGUAGUAAGCUUCUCUCACCCUUUAGUUACAGUUAAUAGAUUUCAAAGUAUUUUUUUUCCCUUGUUUCAGGGUUCUGUAACGCCUUAGAUGAAUGUGUUGUUGUGUAAUCAUCCUUAGGUCCUUAUUGUUAAUUUGUUUUCUAAUGAGGGAGUACAUAUGCUUGUACAUAUUGCGUUUGUUUGCUGUAAACUACUUAAAUAUCAUUGGAGUGAUACUGCAAUUCUAAAUGAAAUAUUCUCGAGAAUUGUUGACAGGAAGGCACAAGAGAGCAUGAUCACAAAGCACAUGUUAAAUAUGUUUAGACAAUAUGUUUAGACAAAAUAGAGUGAACAUUGGAGUAGUCCAUUGCCCUAUUUUAAAUGCCAACAAAUGAGGCCUUAAGCUGUUCCCCCGGCUAUUAGACCACUGAACAAAUUAGGGAAAUGCUUAAAAACCUGUGGAUUAUUCCGUAUGCCAGUCACUGGAAGUUGCCAUUAUUACUUAGUGCCAUUUGACACCUUAAGUGCUUUUUCCCACUGAAGUCACUUUGUGCACAGUAGAAAACACUGUAUCUUUCAUUUUUGUCAGGAAUUCUGGUAUCGGAUAAGUCUAUGCAAUGUCUGAAAGUCGAAUUUAUGACACUUAUAUUGUUUGUUCUGAAAAUUAAUUACAAAACCUUUUGUGAGUAUUUGACACACUGAUGAUUAAUACCAGGGCAAAUGGGUUUCUGAAUGGGAAUUCUACCCCUCAUUAUUUCACAUCUUAAGAAACCAUCCGUCUUGUUCUUUAUUGAUAGCUGAUGUUUCUGUGUCCAGCAACAGAUUUGAGGAAUAUGUGCCUUAAAAAUGUGUGUGUUUUUUUUUUUUUUACAUUGUCAUGUUUUCUUUUCAGUAAGUCAGAACAGGUGGCUUUGUUUAUUACAUUCAGAAUCUAUGUUUGUGUGCCUUUUGAAUACAUUCUCACUAUUGGGCUCCGAAAGUAUGCUCUCGGUGUAAUACUCUUGUAUUUACAUUUUUGAUAAGUUUUGGUGGAUUUUUGUUUUUUGGGGGUUUCUCUUGAUCUGAAACCCUGUUUUUUUUCCAUAUUGUGCCUCAAAUGUGUGUUGACCACUCAGCUGUUGCCAAAUAAAGAGCAGUUUCAUUCA